UCCAGCUCUGCGCGUGCACAUCGGCGCAUGGCGUCUGCAUGCAGCGGACGUGGUCGCUCUCCUAUGUCUCGUCUGCUCGGUUGCCUUGUCGUCUGCUUCUUCUGCGCCGUCGGCCGCGCUCAGCUGCAGCCGCUCGAGGUCCGGAGCUACAGCUACGCCUCGUUCCAGCCGGGCAACUCGCGGGAGGCGAAGGAGCUGGAGGUGCUCAAGGACGCCCUCAUCAACCGCGGCGCGCUCCAGCUCACGCCGGACACCGGAAACAUCCCCAGCUCCCGACAGAUCCUGUCCAACAAGUCCGGCUCCGUGCUCCUCCGCCAGCCCUUCACCCUCUGGCGUCUCGACGAUGAUGGUGAAGCGGCGUCCGGCCGCAACGGCACCGGUAACAGCACUGCUGGCCAGGUCCAGCGUGCCCGCAUCGUGUCGUUCAACAGCACCUUCUCCAUGAACGUCUACUACGACUCGGCACGGCGCCCCGGCGAGGGCCUCACCUUCCUCAUCGCGCCGUCUCUGGACGGGCAGCCUCCCGGCAGCGAGGGCGGCUUCCUCGGCCUCACCAACGCGACGUUGGAGGCCAGCCCAGCCAAGAACCGGUUCGUGGCGAUCGAGUUCGACACGUUCAACCAGACCUACGACCCUCCCAACGGCAACCACGUCGGCCUGGACAUUGGCUCCGUCGUGUCCAACAAGACGGCGAACCUCGCCGACUUCAACAUCACGUCGAUCGCGACCACGGAAGCUAACGCCGCCAACUACACCGUCUGGGUCGAGUACGACGGCGCGGCGCGGCACAUAUCGGUGUACAUGAGCAUCAGGGGCAAGCCGAAGCCCGCCUCUCCCGUGCUGGACUCGCCGUUGGACCUCAGCGUGCACGUCCCUGAGAAGGCGUACCUUGGCUUCUCGGCGUCCACCGGCACCACCUUCGAGCUCAACUGCAUCCUCGACUGGACCUUGUCAAUCGAGAUCAUCCCCGACAAGAAGAGCAAGAUGUGGCUAAUCCUCGUCGCCGUCAUCGUGCCCGUAACCGCCGUCGUGGUGGCCGUUGCCGCCUACUUCUUGACCAAGAUGUUGCGGGCGAGGCGGUCCAUGGAGCGGAAGCAGGAGCGGCUGGAGCACACGCUGAGCAACCUCCCUGGGAUGCCGAGGGGGUUCGCGUACGAGAAGCUGAGGAAGGCGACCAAGAACUUCGACGAGCGGCUGCUGCUGGGGAAAGGAGGGUAUGGCGAGGUGUACAAGGGGAUGCUCCCCGCCGACGACGCCUGGCCGGAGGGAAUGGAGGUGGCGGUUAAGAGGUUCAUCCGGGACGACGCCAAGUGCGUCAACGACUUCCUCGCGGAGGUCGACAUCAUCAACCGGCUGCGCCACAAGAACAUCGUCCCGCUCAUUGGUUGGUGCUACAAGAAACGGCAGCUGCUGCUUGUCUACGAGUACAUGCCCAAUGGGAGCCUGGACCAGCACCUGUUCCGCCGCAGCGUGCACGAGCAGCGGCCCGUGCUCAGCUGGGAGAGCCGCUACGGCAUCGUCGCCGACGUCGCGGCGGGCCUCCACUACGUGCACCACGAGUACACCCGCAUGGUGCUCCACCGCGACAUCAAGGCGAGCAACGUCCUGCUGGACGCGUCCUUCCGCGCGCGGCUCGGCGACUUCGGCCUCGCGCGCGUCAUCGAGCACGAUAAGAACUCCUUCACCGACCUCGGCGUCGCCGGCACGCGCGGCUUCAUCGCGCCGGACUACUCCGUCGGACACAAGGCCACGCGCCAGACGGACGUCUUCGCCUUCGGCGCGCUCGUGCUCGAGGUCGUCACCGGCCGGUACGCGCUGCUCGGCAACCCGAGCUGCCCGCUGCUGUCGGACUGGGUGUGGCAGAUGCACGGCCGCGGCGCGCUGCUGGGGGCCGUGGACCAGAGCCUCGGAACCACGGAGUUCGACAACGACGAGGCCAACCGGCUGCUGCUCCUCGCCCUGGCGUGCAGCAGCCCGAACCCCGGGGACCGGCCGACCAUGCCGCAGGUGUUGCAGAUCCUGUCCAAGGCGGCGGCGCCGCCGGAGGUGCCGCUGCUCAAGCCGCAGUUCGUGUGGCCGCCGGAGGGGGGAGCGCACUUCGAGCUAAGCAACAUAGAGAUAGAGAUGACCACAAGCGGCACGGGCAAUGGGGCGUCGACGCUGGCCACUCAUGACACCUCCUACAGCAGCCUCCAGGUGCCCACGGCGCUGACCAGCACCGAGGAUUACUUCCCGGCACUCUCCUCCGGCCGUUGAAGAAGUGUUUGUGUGCGCAGAAAAUGCACAUAAACUUGGGCUUAUCUAUGGAUUUGGCCAUGAUCGCAACUCGAAAGAACUUAUAUUAAAUGUUAGUACAUGUAGAUAUCGAAUUCGUGUGGUGUUUGGUUCAGAUCACACGCACAUUACAUUGCUGCAUAAGAAGCCUUGGUUUGUUUGAGCAACCAGAUCGAUAAAGAAGUUAGAUAGUUUUGUACAUCCAAUUUGGUCAAGGUCCCUGUUACUUUCUUCAGUUAGCGAUAUCUCUUCGAAACUGAGGUGGGUACAAGAGCUUCGUUGAUAUGUCUGUAAAUUGCUUGGUCAGUUGAAUGAAACCUUGAUCAGCAUGUA